AUGCAUAGGUUCGCUGCGCAAAGGAGCGAGUCUGCCCCAAGUAGGCUUGUCGGAGUUGCGGGCUUGUUCCCACACUUCACCUUCUCGUCUUCAACGAGCGCUGAGCGUCCAGCCCAAUGUGGCGCCUACGUAGCAAUGCUAUGUUCUUCUUUCUAA